UCUCCGGGCUCGGUAUAUAUUUGACAGGAGGCAGAGCCGAGCGGGGACGAGGCGCUCUGACUUGACAUGAACCGUCGGUAACGUGAGGCCGUUAAAUCACACGGUGCGGACAGAAAUGUCUUAAUGUAUUACAUCCCUGAGGCCAGCAUUAGGGAGACGACUUCUUGUCCACACGUCAUCCAGAUGAGGCAUGCUGGAAGUAUGCAGCCCGUGUGCAGAAGAGAUGCUGGAGUCUGGCACCAAACUAGAAGUCUUCUCUGGAAGAACCUGCUCAUCAAAUGGAGGACCAAGCAGCAGAGUCUUCAGGAACUGAUCCUACCUCUGCUUCUGUUGGGUCUCCUGAUACUCAUCAGCACACUGAAUCCUCACGUUUAUUAUGGAGGCAUCAGCACCAUGGAGCUGGAGCGUGACGACCACUUCGUCAAAGGCCUGGGCUACACACCGAUCACUAACAUUACCAACCACAUCAUGGAGGAGGUGGCCCAGGAGAUGCACAUGCAGGAUCGUCUGGAGAUGUUUGCCAGCGAGGAGGACCUGGAGAACGCCAGCUUGUACGAGCCUUCCAGCUACGUCGGUGUCGUGUUCCUGGACAGCUCCGCCACGUCUUACAGGCUUCGCUUCCCGUACAACCAGCUGCCCCAACCCAGCGACUACACAGAAUCUUUUGCCAACUGUUUCAGCAGCUCAGUGAACUGCAGAGCAGCUAAUUACUGGUACUCCGGCUUCAUCCGCCUCCAGUCCCUGAUCGAUGCAGCCAUCAUCCAGAUGCAGACAAAGCGCUCGGUGUGGAGUGAGAUGGACCUGAAUGUCGUCAUGAUGGGUCAGCCAGGUUCUGUGGAGGUGCAGAAAUUCCCCCACGCCCUCAUCUCCAUCUACCUGGUCCUGGCCUUCACGCCGUUCGUCACCUUCCUCAUUGUUAACGUGGCAGCUGAGAAGGAGCACCGCCUCAAAGACACCAUGACCAUGAUGGGGCUCUACGACACGGCGUUUUGGUUGUCAUGGGGCCUCCUGUAUGCUGCUCUGGUAACCACCAUGUCCAUCCUGAUGUCCAUCAUCGCCACGUACACGGCCCUGUUCCCAAACAGUGACUUCUUUGUCAUCUUCUUCCUCAUCUUCCUGUAUGGAAUAUCAUCUAUCUUUUUCUCCUUCAUGCUGACUCCGUUAUUUAAGAAGCCCAAGUUUGCCAGCACCGUGGGCUCCAUGCUGACGGUGGUGUUUGGCUGCCUGUCGCUGUUCACCGUGCUGAUGAAGGACUUCCCACAGCCGCUGGUCUGGCUUCUCUGCCUGCUCUCCCCCAGCGCCUUCUCAAUCGGGAUUGCACAGGUGGUUUACCUGGAGGCUCAGGGAGAUGGUGCUGUGUUUUCCUCACUUGCCAACGGCCCCCAUCCUCUUUACGUGCCCUUGCUCAUGCUGGUUGUGGACUGCAUCCUCUACCUUCUGUUGGCUAUUUACCUGGACCAGGUAAUGCCUGGUGAGUUCAGAAUGAGGCGGUCCUUGGUGUACUUCCUGAAGCCGUCCUAUUGGUCCAAACGCAGAAAGCGUUACGUUGAAGUGAGCUCCGUGUACGACGCCGAGAUGAAAGGCGCUCCUGGUGGGGACGAGUCCAUCGAACCAGUUUCACCUGAGUUCAGAGGCAAAGAAGCCAUCCGCAUCAAUAACAUCCAGAAAGUGUACAAAGAGAAGGACAACGUGGUGGAGGCUCUGAGAGGUUUGACCUUUGACAUUUACGAGGGUCAGAUCACGGCUCUGCUCGGACACAGCGGGGCUGGGAAGUCCACUCUCAUGAACAUCCUGUGUGGCAUCUGCCCGCCCACCAGCGGCUCGGCGACGAUCUACGGCUCGCCUGUGUCGGAGAUCGCAGACGCGUCAGAAAUGAAGCAGCUUGUGGGAAUUUGCCCUCAGUUCAACAUCAUCUUCGACGUGCUGACCGUGGAAGAGCACCUGAGGAUAUUUGCCGCCAUCAAAGGCAUCCCACCAGCAGACAUCGACGCUGAGGUGACCAAAGUGCUGAAGGAUCUGGACUUGGAGAAGAUCAUGACUGCUCAGGCCAAGAAUCUGAGUGGAGGCCAAAAGAGGAAACUCUCUGUGGGCAUCGCCAUUCUUGGAGACCCUAAGAUUCUGCUCCUGGACGAGCCCACAGCCGGCAUGGACCCCUGCUCCAGACAUCAGGUGUGGACGCUGCUGAAGAGCCGCAGAGCCGGCAGAGUCACCGUCCUCAGCACGCACUACAUGGACGAAGCUGACAUCCUGGCUGAUCGUAAAGCCGUGAUCUCUCAAGGACAGCUGAAGUGCGUCGGCUCCUCUCUGUAUCUGAAGGUCAAGUGUGGUGUCGGAUAUCAUCUCAGAAUGUCUAUCAGUGAGUCAUGUGACGCUGAGAGGAUCUCGUCAUUGGUCCAGCAGCACGUUCCCAAGGCGAAGUUAUCCCGACAACACGAGGCCGAGCUGACGUUCACUCUGCCUUUCGAGAACAUGGACACGUUCCCGGGCCUGUUCUCGGAGCUCGACCGUCAACCCAAUCUGGGAAUUAUCAACUAUGGCGUCUCCAUGACAACACUGGAGGAUGUUUUUCUUCGCCUGGAGGCAGAAGCUGAAGUGAACCAAGCCGACUACAGCGUGUUUAAUCGGGAGCAGGCGGAGGACGAAGGCGACAACGGCUCUCUGGAUGACACGGACCAGCGGCUGCUGACCUUCUCAGACAGCAAGUCGGACGUCGUGUCGGGUCACGCUCUGUGGCGGCAGCAGUUCAGCACCGUGGCCUGGCUGCACAUGCUGAACAUGCGCCGGGAGAGGAAGGCCUUCAUCUACACCCUGGCCUUGUUCCUGGUGUUCGUUGCCGCGGUGCUCGUCCUGUCUCUGGUCACAGGAAACAUCCAGAUUCACUCUCCAGACCGUCAGUUUCUGCCCAUUUACCUCCUCAAAAAGAACCAGGCGCCCCGCAGAUACACCACCAGCCUCCUGGUCCAGAACUCCUCAGGCUCUGACAUCUCUGACUUCGUCCACAACCUGGAGUCUCAGAACAUCAAAGUGGAGAUGAUGAAGCACAGCGACUACAUGUCUGCUGCUCCCCACAGCGCUGCCAUCAACGUAACCGGAUCCAGCAAGGGGUUCAGGUACAGUGUCGCGUUCAACAGCACCACAGUUCACUCCUUGCCUAUGGCUGUCAAUAUACUGAGCAACGCUCUCCUGAGAGGUCUGAACGGCACCGGACCGAUCCGAACCUGGACCAAACCGUUUGAUUAUCAAAUCCCCGAUGCUACGUCCUACGCUCUGGUGUACAUCGAGGCCAUCAUACUGGGAAUGCUGGCAGCUGGGAUGCCGGCGUAUUUCGCAAUGGACCACACUCGAGACAGAGAGAUCAAGUGUCGCUCCACGCUGCGGAUCUCUGGUCUCGUACCGUCGGCUUACUGGUGCGGUCAGGCAGCCGUGGACAUCCCCUUCUACUACCUCAUCCUGUCCUGCAUGAACAUCAUCCUGUUCUGCUUCCACUCUGAAGACAUGCUCACCUCCAGCAACCUCACCGCUGUGGUCCUGUGUACUAUCGGCUUCAGUCCAGCCAUGAUUCUCUUCACCUACGUGUUUUCUUUCGGCUUCGCCCGAGUCCAGAGCAACAGGGACUUCUUCUCCGUCAUCUCCAUGAUGGUGUGCGUGGUGUCGGCCUCGCUGGUUCAGUUGGUGAACGACAUCCCCUGGCUGACCAGAAACCUGCACAACUUCCUGUGUUUCUUCAACCCUCUGUACCCUCUGAUGGGCUGCCUCAACUGCAUCACCAAGGCGACCUUCCUCCCCACUCUGUACGAAGAUAACUUCUUUUGGAAGAACCUGGUCAUCGCGAUCGUAGCUCCCUACCUUCAGUGCAUCCUGCUGCUUUUCCUGCUCCGGUGGCUGGAGAUCCAUUACGGAGGGAGGACGAUGAAAAACGAUCAGUUCUGCAGGAUCUCAUCCACGCCAAAGCCCAAAGUGGAGAGGAACCCUGAAGAAGGGCUGAACGAGGAUGAGGACGUUCAGAUGGAGAAGGCCCGAGUGAAGGAGGCACUCACCUGUCAGUCCUGUGAAGAGAAACCAGUGGUGGUUGUGAGUAACCUGAGGAAGCAGCACAAAGGCAGAAGAGAAGGUUUUUCUCUGAACAAGACGAGGAAAGUGGCCACAAAGAACAUCUCAUUCUGCGUUCGUAAAGGUGAAGUUCUUGGACUGUUGGGACCCAACGGAGCCGGAAAGAGCACCGUCAUGCACAUGCUGUCAGGCGACACUGAACCCACUGCAGGGCAGGUGCUCAUGGGGGACUACAGUACAGAGUUUCAUCAGGUGGACAACAAUUUGGAGCAUGUGGGCUACUGUCCACAGGUGAACCCUCUGUGGCCCAGGAUCACUCUGCAGGAGCACCUGGAGAUCUACGCUGCCAUCAAGGGCCUGAAAGGACAGGACGUCCCAGGAAUCAUCAAACGUGUGGUGAACGCUCUGGAGCUCAAGGACCACCUGAACAAACAAGCCAAGACCCUGUCAGCAGGACUCAAGAGGAAGUUGUGCUUCGCCCUGAGCAUGAUCGGGAAUCCUCAGAUCGUUUUACUGGACGAGCCGUCAUCAGGCAUGGACCCCAAAUCUAAACAGCGCAUGUGGAGGGCCAUACGUGCUGCGUUCAAGAACCAUCAGCGAGGAGCCGUCCUCACCACGCACUACAUGGAGGAGGCGGAGGCCGUGUGCGACCGUGUGGCCAUCAUGGUGUCCGGCCAGCUGAGGUGUAUCGGCUCCAUCCAACAUUUAAAAGGGAAGUACGGGCGGGGCUACAGUCUGGAGGUGAAGCUCAGAGAGGAGCUGACGGGGCUCCAGCAGGUGGCGCUGCUGCACAAAGAGAUCCUUCGAAUCUUCCCUCACGCCACCCGACAGGAGAGCUUUGCCACGCUGAGGGUUUACAAGAUCCCCAUGGAGGACGUCAAAUCACUGGCCAAGUCUUUCUCUCAGUUAGAGAGUGCCAAGCAAAUGUUCAACUUCGAAGAGUACAACUUCUCCCAGUGCACCUUAGAGCAGGUGUUCAUGGAGUUUGCCAAGGAGCAGGAGAACGAGGAGGACGAGGUCGGCUCCCUCAGCACGACCUUCCAGUGGCAGCGUCUCCGUCAGGACGGCCCGGUUUCCGUCAACCACACAGACAGCAUCGUGCACCAGCUUUGAACUUUGACUUGUGACGGGAGCGGGCGGCUGGUGACCGACCAGGACUGACCGACGCCUGCCUGCCUGCCGGGCGUCAGCCUGAAGGCUUCACGCCAGCACUCACCCCGUUCCACGCAAACCGACGUUCACCUCCUCCUUAAAGAACGGGACAGUCCUGGGUCGGGUUGGGCUCGCGUACACUGGGACUGACUGACUGAGUGUUCAGGCUCAGGGCAGCUGUGGCCUCUUUUUUUUCCGGGUCUGAGGCGUGCAUGCGUGUCGCCCUCGUCCUCUGGUGCUCCGUGUUUUCUGAAUCGCACUGACCGAGGCGGCUGCCGUCUUUCUCGACACGCUUUCUAACGGUGUUUUUUAUCUUCACAGGGAGUCCGAAAAAGAAACGUAUAAAUAUAAAUAACCAUAUUUAAGCUUUGUAAUCUCUCCAUCCUCUCGCUCUCCUUUGGACGGAGGCGUCGGAGUCGGUGUGUUUGCUCGUCCGUCGUGUUCGUGACUUCUUUUUUUAUAACCCUACCAGAACUGGAAUCCAUCCACGAUCGUACCAAAGCAGCACAUCUCUGAACCACACACUAACACACCUCCUCACACAAACUGAGGUUAGAUUUUUUUUGUGUCGGUAGCAUGUGCAUAAAUAGUUUGCUGUAUAGUUGAUAGAUGGAGGAACAGUCUUUAAACCUUUACACACGUAACAAACUGAUUCUCUGAGGUCGAAGCUCUUCUCCUCUUUUUGCACCAGCAUGCACGUCGUAACACUACACACUGUUUGAGGUCAAAGGUCAGUGACGGAUGGGACGGGUGGCGUCGUUUUCUUUGUCGUCGCGUGGCCUUCCUCUCUGCAGGUUUAGCGCUCUCUUUUUUUUUUAUAUGCACACCAGUACAUGUAGCACACUGCCCUCGUCACGAGCCUCAAACGUGGAAGCAGAAGAAGUUCAGACCGAGGCUCCUGCUCCUCUCAGCGGGGUGCGUUUGAUUUAUGAAUGUAUGUUUGGAGAGCGAGAGAGGGGAGCGUUUGUUUCACUUUGGUGCCACUUUUAAUUGCAAAGCUGAGUUUUGUUAAAUCUAUCUAGCCUGUUUUAGGUGAGUGAGUGUGUGUGUGUGUGUGAGUGUGUGUAUACUGUGUUUGUCGUCGGAGCCUCCAAGUUGUACUUUUUUUCUUCAGGUGGGAGGAUCAUUGGGAUUUAAAGGGAUGCUUUUAUUUUGUUAACGAUCAUGAAUGACUUCCUUUAGGGGUGAACAAAAUAAUGUGAACACUCGACUCGGCACACACACACACACAAAGGCACAAACUCGACACUACAAGCUCCACAGUGUGUGUUUGUCGCCGUGGUGUUUUAAAGUUUGCGUCCGCGAUCAUUCACGCAGCAGCUUCUCUUCACGUGUUCCACUUUAUUUUAUCAGAAGAAGAAGAACUAGAAGCGUCAGACACGGACAGACGUUCACACACGUCGGAGGUCGUUUUUAAAUGUGAAAACUUUAUUUAACACUUUGUAGCCUCGUCUCCUUUGAGCAGGAGACACGAUGAUUAACACUGAGUACAACGUGUGCAAUGUGGGUGUUUGUUCCCAAACAUUCUUUGGACGUUUGUCCAACGUUCAGCCUCAGUAACAUGUAGCCGCCCAGCUGACGCCGGCUUGUCUUUGCACUCCUGAGGCUCUGUGGAGCGUUUGAAGCAUUUAAAGCGGUCGGCGCUGAGGGUGGAGCAGGUUUCAGUUCAUUUUCCUGGUGGUGGUAAAAUUGCACUAUUUCUGGGAAAUUUUAUAACCUUUCUUUAUAUUAUGCAAUCUUUGUAAGAUUAUCUGUGCACUGAUUUUAUUUUUUAAAGACUCGUGGUUUAGCUGUGUGCUGUAUUCCCCUCCUGUAUCGCCCGCAUGUCUGGAUGGUCACUCGUCAGUGAUGAACUCUACGGUCUCGACACGACCUUUUCAUGAAUAAACGUUAAUCCAAGA